ACCUCCACUCUGCAAUCGCUCAGAAAAGUUUCAUCAUCUCAGAAACACCCAGAAAGGAAAAAAAAAAAAAAUUUACUCUUCUGCACCUGCUCAGCUUCUUUGCUUCUGUAGUUUCGUCUCGUUGCUCUUUGCCUCCGCCAUUCUCGUGCUUCCUGAUUCAUCUGGUGCCGACUUGCUUUUCAUGUACCAUUUGAAUGUGCUGAGAAAAAGGGCGUCAUCCAAGUCGUCGUGAGUUUUGCAUUCACGUAAUAAACACGAAGGAUGGAUGGUGGUUGGAGUUUCGAGCAGAAGACGCUGAUCAGCGAGCUGAUCCAAGGGAUGGAGUUUGCAAAGGAAUUGCGGGGCCACUUGACUUCGGCGCCUUCGACUGAAGCCAGGGACGUGCUGAUGCAGGGGAUUCUGUCGUCCUACGAGAAGGCUCUCCUGAUUCUCCAGUGGGGUGGACCAAUGCCACAGUCUCAGCCCGUCGUGGCGGUCUCUGGCAUCCCCGAAUCACCGCUCUCUGUCAACGGGAGCCCUCGGAGCGACGAAUUCGAAAAGGGGAUUGGCGAUCAUCAGCAGAACAGAGAUAUAUCCAAAAAAAGAAAGCUGAUGCCAAAAUGGACGGAUCAAGUCAGAAUUAGUUCUGAGAAUGGGCUUGAAGGACCUCAUGACGAUGGAUAUAGCUGGAGGAAGUACGGACAGAAAGACAUCCUCGGAGCCACAUAUCCCAGAAGCUACUACAGAUGCACCUACCGUAACACCCAGAAUUGUUGGGCUACAAAGCAAGUGCAACGAUCGGAUGAAGACCCCACAGUCUUUGAGAUCACUUACAGAGGUACACAUACGUGUGGCAAUUCCGGGCCUUCGGUCCCAUCACCAGCGUCCUCGGAAAAACAAGAACAGAAGCAAAUUAAUCACCAGAGCAAUCAUCAUCAACAUCUACAACAACAACAAUCACAGGAGAUGUUGUCAAAGUUUCGAGCAGGACUGAGGGUCGAUACCAAUAACUUGGACAACAAUGAAAAGGCAUACCAUCCUUUCUCUUUCCCCUCAGCAUCAGUCGGACUCUUGCAGAUUGAACACUGCAGCUCCUCCACUUUGACAAACGUUAACAGCAGUCUUUUCGGGAGCUUCUCAUCGACAUUUUUCUCUCCAUCAACCCCGGAAUCAUGUUAUUUUUCCAUGCACCAGGCAAAUGACUUGGGGCAGGCCCACAAUAUGCAACAUUUGGAGUCUGAUCACAACGAGAUCAUCUCAACCAACACCUCGUCAACAAAUUCGCCAAUAAUGGACCUUGAAUUCUCCCUCGAUCAAGUUGGGAUUGACCCAAAUUUCCCAUUUGACACCUCGUUUUUCCCUUGAUUCAUCAGAUGAUAAUAAAAACCAAUAUGAAAGGUAGGGAAGAUGCAAAUAGCCAGAUAAGCUUUUGUAGCCAUUGCCGCAGCUUGUAUUUUAAGGAGUGAGGUUUUAUGCUUUUUAUGGGGAGGUUCUAAGGAUACAAAAGAGCCUCCUCCAUUAUCAGCUAAAAGAUCAGACCAGUACAUUUAUUUUCUUCAAA